GGGCGCGGUACGGGGGCCGCGCGGUCCUUUUCGGCGUCCAUCGGGGCCGGCUCGGCUCUCCUGGUACGGGAUGCAGCCGGGGCCCGGCGGCGGCGCGGCCGCGGGGAACGCCCGGCACCGUAAGUGGCCCAUGAAGAGAAGGGUCCCCGUGGUGGAGCCCAGCUUGGCAGACCCUCACCAGCUCUUCCAUGACACGAGCUCUGCCCAUGGGCCAGGGAGCUAUCUGGCCCACCGGGCCCCCGGGGGCCUGGGCUACUCUUCCCCCUCUCAGCCAGGCUUCCUCAAUGACCCUGUGUCCAACAUGGCGGUCGCCUAUGGCAGCAGCCUGGCCGCUCAUGGCAAGGAGCUGGUGGACAAGAACAUCGACCGCUUCAUUCCCGUCACCAAGCUCAAGUAUUACUUUGCUGUGGACACCGUGUAUGUGGGGAAGAAACUGGGGCUCCUGGUGUUCCCCUAUCUGCACCAGGAUUGGGAGGUCCAGUACCAGCAGGACAUGCCAGUGGCCCCGAGGUUCGACAUCAACGCCCCCGACCUCUACAUUCCAGCCAUGGCUUUCAUCACCUACAUCCUGGUUGCUGGCCUAGCCCUGGGGACCCAGGACAGGUUCUCCCCUGACCUGCUGGGGCUGCAAGCCAGCUCGGCCCUGGCCUGGCUCACGGUGGAGGUGCUGGCCAUCCUGCUCAGCCUCUACCUGGUCACCGUCAACACUGACCUCACCACCAUCGACCUGCUAGCCUUCUCAGGGUACAAGUAUGUAGGGAUGAUUGGUGGAGUGGUGACGGGCCUGCUCUUCGGGAAGACGGGCUACUACAUGGUGCUCAGCUGGUGUUGCGUGGCCAUCUUCGUCUUCAUGAUCCGGACCCUUCGACUGAAAAUCCUAUCAGAAGUGGCGGCCGAAGGCGUCCUGGUGCGGGGGGCGCGGAACCAGCUGCGCAUGUACCUCACCAUGGCCAUCGCCGCGGCCCAGCCCCUCUUCAUGUACUGGCUCACCUUCCACCUGGUCAGAUGAGGGGCCCCCGGGCUCCCCCGUCCCCCGCUGCUCAGGGCCCAGAGCAGGGAUGGGAGAAGACUGGCCCGCCGACCCCAGAGAUGAAGAUGCAGGCGGGGAGCCCCGCUGGGAGGAGGCAGCCAUCCCUCUGCACUGAGCCGCACCGCCCGGCCCUUUGACUGGAACCGGCCCUCCUUCCCCACCGAGAUUCAUCUCCGAGUCCCUGCCUGUCACACUCGAGGCCGAGUCCCAGCCCUCUGCCCUGCGCCCCAUCUCCUCCCCUUCCCCGUCCCCUGAGGUGCUUCCACAUCUGUAACUGCACAGCAUGCUCCGAGCUGGGGCUGCCCAUGGGCGUCUGUUACUGGGAGAAAUAAACCCCCUGGGGGUGCUGCUG